ACUAAUUCACUCUCUCCUCGAUCGAGAGAAGUGAGUGCUGCACUGCUUUCCCUCUCCCUCUCUGCACAUCUCCAUUUCUCCUCCAACGUAUCUGCCUGCAAUCGUUAGGGUUUUGUGAAUUUGUACAGUAGGUAUGUGGAACCAAGAGAUGUGGAACAGCAACGCGCCGCCUGGAACCGCCGGGGCAGUCGGUGGAGGAGUACCGCCGCCUCCACCAGGCACUGCUGGCGGACUUCCGCCAAUAAUGCCUCCGGGGACUACCGGAGCAGGACCUUCUAGUAGCGGAGGCCCGCCUCCGCCGCCUUCGUAUACUGUUCUGCCGACUGAGGCUCAGCUCGAAGAGAAAGCUAGGAAAUGGAUGCAGCUGAAUUCUAAGAGAUACAGUGACAAAAGAAAGUUUGGUUUCGUGGAGACGCAGAAAGAGGAUAUGCCUCCUGAGCAUGUUAGGAAGAUUAUUCGGGACCAUGGGGAUAUGUCUUCCAAAAAAUAUCGCCAUGAUAAACGGGUGUACCUUGGAGCACUUAAAUUUGUUCCACAUGCUGUUUACAAGCUCCUUGAGAACAUGCCUAUGCCUUGGGAACAAGUUCGUGAAGUGAAAAUUCUGUAUCACAUUACUGGUGCUAUCACAUUUGUUAAUGAGAUACCAUGGGUUGUUGAGCCAAUCUAUCUAGCACAGUGGGGUACAAUGUGGAUUAUGAUGCGACGAGAAAAGAGAGAUCGGAGGCAUUUCAAGAGAAUGCGCUUUCCUCCUUUUGAUGAUGAGGAGCCUCCACUUGACUACGCUGACAAUCUUUUAGAUGUUGAUCCUUUGGAACCAAUUCAAUUGGAGUUGGAGGAAGAAGAAGAUUCUGCUGUGUAUAACUGGUUUUAUGAUCAUAAACCUCUGGUGAAAACAAAGCUUAUCAAUGGUCCUAGUUACCGAAGGUGGCACCUUUCUCUUCCAAUUAUGGCAACGCUUCACCGUUUAGCUGGGCAGCUGCUUUCUGAUUUAACUGAUCACAAUUAUUUUUAUUUGUUCGAUAUGGAAUCCUUUUUCACGGCUAAGGCACUCAACAUGUGCAUUCCUGGUGGCCCCAAGUUUGAACCUUUGUAUCGUGACAUGGAGAAAGGAGAUGAAGAUUGGAAUGAAUUUAAUGACAUCAAUAAAUUGAUCAUUAGGUCACCUCUCAGGACAGAAUACAGAAUUGCAUUCCCUCAUCUCUACAAUAACAGGCCAAGGAAAGUGAAGCUUGGUGUAUAUCACACUCCUAUGAUUAUGUAUAUAAAAACUGAGGAUCCUGAUCUGCCCGCUUUUUAUUAUGAUCCUCUGAUCCAUCCGAUAACAUCUAAGGAGAAGAAAGAGAAGAGAAUUCAUGAGGAUGAUGAUGAUGAUUUUGAAUUACCUGAGGGCGUUGAACCAUUGCUCAAAGACACUCAAAUAUAUACAGAUACUACUGCAGCUGGUAUAUCGCUACUGUUUGCCCCACGCCCAUUUAAUAUGAGAUCUGGCCGCACACGGCGGGCUGAAGAUAUACCCCUAGUGUCAGAGUGGUACAAGGAGCAUUGCCCUCCAUCUUAUCCUGUCAAGGUCCGUGUCAGUUAUCAGAAAUUGUUGAAAUGUUUUGUGCUGAAUGAACUGCAUCAUAGACCGCCUAAGGCUCAGAAGAAGAAGCACCUGUUCCGUUCUCUUCAGGCUACAAAAUUUUUCCAAACUACAGAACUGGAUUGGGCUGAAGCUGGUCUUCAAGUUUGUAAGCAGGGAUACAAUAUGUUGAAUCUCCUGAUUCACAGGAAGAAUCUGAACUAUCUUCACCUUGAUUAUAAUUUCAAUUUGAAGCCAGUAAAGACACUUACAACCAAGGAACGUAAGAAAUCACGCUUUGGUAAUGCUUUCCAUCUUUGUCGAGAAAUUCUGCGUUUGACAAAGCUAGUUGUUGAUGCAAAUGUCCAGUUUCGUUUGGGGAAUGUAGAUGCAUUUCAGUUGGCAGAUGGCUUGCAGUAUAUAUUUUCACAUGUUGGCCAAUUGACGGGUAUGUAUCGGUACAAGUACCGGCUUAUGAGACAGAUCAGGAUGUGCAAAGAUUUGAAGCAUUUGAUUUAUUACCGAUUUAACACUGGGCCGGUUGGAAAGGGACCUGGUUGUGGUUUCUGGGCACCAAUGUGGAGAGUGUGGUUGUUCUUUCUACGUGGCAUAGUGCCUCUUUUGGAGCGAUGGCUUGGAAAUCUACUUGCAAGGCAAUUUGAGGGACGACAUUCUAAGGGAGUGGCUAAAACUGUUACAAAACAGCGUGUGGAAAGUCACUUUGACUUAGAGCUUCGUGCUGCAGUUAUGCAUGAUGUGCUUGAUGCUAUGCCAGAGGGUAUCAAGCAAAACAAAGCAAGAACCAUCUUGCAGCAUCUAAGUGAGGCUUGGCGUUGUUGGAAAGCAAAUAUCCCUUGGAAGGUGCCUGGUUUACCAGUUCCAAUUGAGAACAUGAUUCUUCGUUAUGUGAAGUCAAAGGCUGAUUGGUGGACAAAUGUUGCCCACUAUAAUCGGGAGCGUAUUAGAAGAGGUGCAACUGUUGACAAGACAGUUUGUCGAAAAAAUCUUGGGAGAUUGACUCGCCUUUGGUUGAAGGCAGAACAGGAACGGCAACAUAACUACCUGAAGGAUGGUCCAUAUGUCACGCCAGAAGAAGCAGUGGCUAUAUAUACCACUACUGUACAUUGGUUGGAGUCUAGGAAAUUUUCUCCUAUUCCAUUCCCACCAUUGUCUUAUAAGCAUGAUACGAAACUUCUUAUUCUCGCUCUUGAGAGACUGAAAGAAUCUUACAGUGUUGCUGUAAGGCUAAAUCAGCAGCAAAGGGAAGAGUUGGGUCUCAUUGAGCAAGCUUAUGAUAAUCCACAUGAGGCAUUGUCAAGGAUUAAGCGUCAUCUUCUCACCCAGCGUGCCUUCAAAGAAGUUGGCAUUGAGUUCAUGGACUUGUAUAGUUACCUUAUUCCAGUCUAUGAGAUUGAGCCACUGGAGAAGAUUACUGAUGCAUAUCUUGACCAAUACCUAUGGUAUGAGGGUGAUAAGCGUCAUCUGUUUCCAAAUUGGAUUAAACCUGCUGAUUCAGAGCCACCACCACUACUAGUCUACAAAUGGUGCCAGGGCAUUAACAACUUGCAGGAAAUAUGGGAUACUAGCGAAGGGCAAUGUGUUGUCAUGCUUCAAACUAAAUUUGAGAAAUUUUUUGAGAAAAUUGAUUUGACCAUGCUGAACAGGCUUCUCCGGCUGGUACUGGACCAUAAUAUUGCUGAUUAUGUCACUGCAAAGAACAAUGUUGUGUUGUCUUAUAAAGACAUGAGCCACACAAACUCAUAUGGGCUAAUACGUGGUCUCCAGUUUGCAUCUUUUGUUGUUCAGUAUUAUGGGCUUGUGCUGGAUCUUUUGCUUUUGGGUUUGACUCGAGCUAGUGAAAUUGCUGGUCCACCACAGAUGCCUAAUGAGUUCAUUACUUACAAUGAUACUAGAGUUGAGAAACGGCAUCCCAUCCGUUUGUACUCUAGAUACAUUGACAAGGUGCACAUAUUAUUUCGCUUCACCCAUGAAGAGGCACGGGAUCUUAUCCAACGGUACCUUACUGAGCAUCCUGAUCCUAAUAAUGAAAAUAUGGUUGGUUAUAACAACAAGAAAUGCUGGCCAAGAGACGCACGGAUGAGGCUCAUGAAACAUGAUGUCAAUCUAGGGAGAAGUGUCUUCUGGGACAUGAAGAACCGACUACCAAGAAGCAUCACCACGUUGGAGUGGGAGAACAGUUUUGUCUCUGUAUACAGUAAAGAUAAUCCCAACCUGCUUUUCAGCAUGUGUGGAUUUGAAGUUAGAAUACUGCCAAAGAUAAGAAUGACUCAGGAGGCAUUCAGCAAUACGAGGGAUGGAGUAUGGAAUCUACAGAACGAGCAGACGAAGGAAAGGACAGCUGUUGCCUUUUUGCGGGUGGAUGAUGAGCAUAUGAAGGUGUUUGAGAAUCGUGUGAGGCAGAUCCUCAUGUCUUCUGGCUCUACAACAUUUACAAAGAUUGUUAACAAGUGGAAUACAGCACUUAUAGGCCUCAUGACAUAUUUCCGUGAAGCAACAGUGCACACUCAGGAACUACUGGAUCUUCUGGUCAAAUGUGAAAAUAAGAUACAAACUCGUAUCAAGAUAGGGUUGAAUUCAAAAAUGCCCAGCAGGUUCCCUCCUGUAAUCUUCUAUACACCGAAGGAAAUUGGGGGACUGGGCAUGUUAUCAAUGGGUCACAUUUUGAUCCCUCAGAGUGAUCUUCGGUAUAGUCAGCAAACAGAUGUUGGUGUGACCCAUUUCAGGAGUGGGAUGAGUCACGAAGAAGACCAGUUGAUUCCAAAUCUUUACAGAUACAUACAGCCAUGGGAGAGUGAAUUUAUUGAUUCACAGAGAGUUUGGGCUGAGUAUGCAUUGAAGAGGCAGGAAGCUCAGGCACAGAAUAGGCGUUUGACACUUGAAGAUCUGGAAGAUUCUUGGGACCGUGGGAUACCUCGAAUAAAUACUUUGUUCCAAAAGGAUCGUCAUACCCUUGCAUAUGACAAAGGAUGGAGGGUACGGACUGAUUUUAAACAGUACCAAGUUCUUAAACAGAAUCCUUUCUGGUGGACACAUCAGAGACAUGAUGGAAAGCUUUGGAACCUGAACAACUAUCGAACAGAUGUAAUUCAAGCUCUUGGAGGAGUUGAAGGAAUUCUUGAGCAUACGCUAUUUAAAGGAACAUACUUUCCGACAUGGGAGGGUCUUUUUUGGGAGAAGGCUUCAGGUUUCGAAGAGUCCAUGAAAUAUAAGAAACUGACAAAUGCACAGAGAUCUGGGCUUAACCAAAUCCCUAACCGUAGGUUCACACUCUGGUGGUCACCUACAAUUAAUCGUGCCAAUGUUUAUGUUGGUUUCCAAGUGCAGCUGGAUUUGACUGGGAUUUUCAUGCACGGAAAGAUACCAACUCUAAAGAUCUCAUUGAUUCAGAUAUUCCGUGCUCACUUGUGGCAGAAGAUCCAUGAAAGUGUGGUCAUGGAUCUUUGCCAGGUUCUAGAUCAGGAGUUAGAUGCAUUGGAAAUUGAAACUGUGCAGAAGGAAACAAUUCACCCCAGGAAGAGCUACAAAAUGAAUAGCUCUUGUGCUGACAUUCUUCUAUUUGCUGCGCAUAGGUGGCCAAUGUCAAAACCUAGUCUUGUGGCUGAAUCAAAGGAUGUCUUUGACCAAAAGGCAAGUAAUAAAUACUGGAUUGAUGUGCAGCUUAGAUGGGGUGACUAUGAUUCUCAUGACAUUGAACGAUACACCCGGGCGAAGUUUAUGGAUUACACAACAGACAAUAUGUCUAUUUAUCCAUCACCAACUGGUGUAAUGAUUGGACUUGACCUUGCUUACAACCUGCAUUCUGCAUUUGGAAACUGGUUCCCUGGAUCAAAGCCAUUAUUGGCUCAAGCGAUGAACAAGAUUAUGAAGUCAAAUCCUGCGCUAUAUGUUCUGAGGGAACGGAUAAGGAAAGGGUUGCAGUUAUAUUCUUCAGAGCCUACAGAGCCAUAUCUAUCAUCCCAGAACUAUGGAGAAAUAUUCAGCAAUCAGAUAAUUUGGUUUGUUGAUGACACAAAUGUGUAUCGUGUGACUAUUCACAAGACCUUUGAAGGGAAUUUAACCACAAAACCUAUUAAUGGAGCAAUAUUCAUUUUUAACCCAAGGACAGGGCAAUUGUUUCUUAAGGUCAUUCACACAAGUGUUUGGGCAGGACAAAAGCGGUUGGGGCAGCUUGCCAAGUGGAAAACAGCUGAAGAAGUGGCUGCUUUGGUGCGUUCUUUACCUGUUGAGGAACAACCAAAACAAAUUAUUGUGACUCGUAAAGGAAUGCUUGAUCCAUUGGAGGUUCACUUGCUUGAUUUUCCUAAUAUUGUUAUCAAAGGAAGUGAGUUACAGCUACCCUUCCAGGCUUGUCUUAAGAUUGAGAAGUUUGGUGAUCUGAUACUAAAAGCUACAGAACCACAAAUGGUUUUGUUCAAUAUAUAUGAUGAUUGGUUGAAAAGCAUCUCCUCCUACACGGCAUUCUCCAGACUUAUCCUCAUCUUACGUGCACUUCAUGUAAACAAUGAAAAGGCUAAGAUGUUACUCAAGCCUGACAAGUCAAUUGUCACUGAGCCACACCAUAUCUGGCCUUCUCUUACUGAUGACCAGUGGAUGAAGGUUGAGGUUGCUCUCAGAGACCUCAUACUUUCUGACUAUGCAAAGAAGAACAAUGUUAACACAUCGGCAUUGACUCAGUCUGAGAUCCGUGAUAUAAUACUUGGAGCUGAGAUUACUCCCCCUUCACAGCAGCGACAACAGAUUGCAGAGAUUGAGAAACAGGCAAAGGAUAACACUCAGCUGACAGCAGUCACCACAAGGACCACCAAUGUCCAUGGGGAUGAAUUAAUUGUCACUACAACAAGUCCUUAUGAGCAGUCUAACUAUGCCUCUAAAACUGAUUGGCGUGUCAGAGCAAUUUCUGCCACAAACCUUUAUCUCCGAGUGAAUCAUAUUUAUGUGAAUUCAGAGGACAUAAAGGAAACUGGCUAUACGUACAUUAUGCCAAAAAAUAUUUUGAAGAAGUUCAUAUGUAUUGCUGAUCUCCGAACACAAAUUGCUGGAUAUUUGUAUGGUAUAAGUCCUCCAGAUAAUCCCCAGGUGAAGGAAAUUCGAUGUAUUGCCAUGCCACCACAGUGGGGGACACAUCAGCAAGUGCAUCUACCGUCUGCUCUUCCAGAUCAUGACUUCUUGACUGAUUUGGAGCCUUUGGGAUGGAUGCACACUCAACCGAAUGAACUUCCACAAUUAUCACCACAAGAUGUCACUUCUCAUGCAAGGAUUCUAGAGAACAACAAGCAAUGGGAUGGAGAGAAGUGUAUCAUUUUGACAUGCAGUUUUACCCCUGGAUCAUGCUCAUUAACUGCUUACAAGUUGACGCCUACAGGAUACGAGUGGGGCCGUGCUAACAAGGACACAGGAAGUAACCCUCAUGGUUACUUACCAACCCAUUAUGAGAAGGUCCAGAUGCUUCUGAGUGACCGUUUCCUUGGUUUCUACAUGAUUCCAGACAAUGGUCCAUGGAAUUACAACUUCAUGGGGGUGAAACACACAGUUAGCAUGAAGUAUGGGGUAAAAUUAGGCACCCCACGGGAAUACUAUAAUGAAGAUCACAGGCCAACUCAUUUCCUAGAGUUCAGCAACAUGGAGGAAGGUGAGACUGCAGAGGCGGAUCGAGAAGAUACAUUUUCUUAGUCCACUUUGAAUUUCUCACUUCACUUGUAUCUCUAGACUUUAUAUUUAGCUGGAAUACGGUAUCUGAAGGAAAAUGUGUUUUAGUUACUUCUAAAGAUGUAAAUACAUGUUACAGAAAUGUAGUAUGAUGCGACCUUGUACUUGAUGUGCUAUGCUAGAGUUGUUUCUUUGUAAACAGCCAAUGGAAUAUUUUGUUUUCCAGUGUAAUUCUCCCAAGUUGGGAAUGAGCAGAUUUUGUAUUUGAACAUAAUAUGGUACCUGCUGCGUGCUUUUAA